AGAUUACAGUAUGGCUUUGUGGGCGAGGGAGAAGAGAAACUACUGUUUGGAAUUGCUUUGUGACUGAUCGAAGGAAGAAAGAGAGGAUACGUACCGCCUGGUAGCGGAAGGGAGGGGAGUUUGCUGCUCUGUUUUGCAACGGAUGAUACGAUCCGUCUCUCGGAGGUUAUCUUCGUCUGCCUUCCAAGAGAAACUCUAUGAAUAUAAACCCAUUGACACAAACGUUGGUUCCUUGCUAGAUCGCUGCUCCAACUUCAAACACAUUAUUCAAACACAUGGGUUCAUGAUUCCUAGAGGUCUCGACCAGGACAAUCUUCUCCUUAGUAAAUUUAUCUCCACAUGCUCGAUUUUGGGAUUUAUAGAUUAUGGGUAUUCGGUGUUCAGUCUCAAAACCCAACCAGAUAUUUAUCUUUACAACACCAUGAUCAGGGUUCUCUCUAAAACAGAUUUUGCAGAAGAGUCUAUUCUUUUGUAUAAUAGGAUUCAAAUUAUGGGUUUUCGACCGGAUACCUACUCUUUUCCUUCUACAUUGAAGGCUGUAGUUCAUUUGUCUGCGUUUGGAGUGGGUAAACAGAUUCAUGGCCACGCAAUCCGAACUGGUUUGGAUUCUGAUGUUCAUGUGGCCACCGCUCUGAUUCAGAUGUAUUCGGCUUGUGGGGUUAUUUCGGACGCCCGGAGUUUAUUCGAUGGGAUGGAUUACAGGGACGUGGCUUCUUGGAAUGCAAUGGUUGCUGGCUAUGCGAAGGUUGGAGAUGCUGACAGUGCCCACGAGCUGUUUGAGAGGAUGCCAGAGAGAAAUGUGAUCUCAUGGACUGCUGUAAUUGCGGGUUAUGCUCAGGUUAACAGGCCUAGUGAGGCAAUAGAAAUCUUUCGAAGAAUGCAGCUUGAGGAUGUGGAACCUGAUGAAAUUGCAAUGCUGGCUGCCCUUUCGGCUUGUGCCCAUCUGGGUGCUCUUGAGUUAGGAGAAUGGAUACAUAACUACAUAGAUAAGCUUGGUUUACAUAGGAUUGUUCCCCUUAACAAUGCCCUCAUAGACAUGUAUGCUAAAUCAGGAAAUAUAGGGAAGGCAACGGAAGUUUUUGAAAAUAUGAAGAAUAGGAGUGUUAUAACUUGGACGACAAUGGUUGCCAGCCUAGCUCUACAUGGGCUUGGCAGAGAAGCCCUCCAAGUGUUCUCUCGCAUGGAGAAAGCGAGGGUAAAGCCAAAUGAGGUUACUUUUAUUGCUAUCCUUUCAGCUUGUAGUCAUGUUGGAUUGGUUGAUGUAGGUCUAUGGUAUUUCAACAAUAUGAGGUCACAUUAUCAGAUAACGCCGAAAAUUGAGCAUUAUGGCUGUAUGGUCGAUCUUCUUGGGCGUGCUGGUUAUCUCCAAGAGGCGAAGGAACUGGUCAGAGAUAUGCCAUUUGAAGCAAAUGGAGCUAUUUGGGGAUCUCUUCUUGCAGCUUCUAGAAUCCAUGGGGAUCUUGAGCUUGGAGAGAGUGCUUUGAGGCAUCUCAUUGAGUUGGAGCCCAAUAACAGUGGAAACUACACACUUCUAUCUAAUAUAUAUGCAGCACUUGGGAGGUGGAAUGAAGUUGGGAUGGUGAGGAAGGAUAUGCGAGAUAAGGGUGUGAAGAAGAUACCAGGAGGAAGUUCCAUUGAGAUGAAUAACAAAGUUCAUGACUUUGUUGCAGGGGACAAAUCUCAUCCUCAGUCUGCAAGAAUAUAUGAAGUUCUCUAUCAGAUCAACUGGCAAUUAAAGAUGGCGGGAUACGUCCCAAAGGAAUGUGUGGAAGCCUGUUGAAUAUGUUGAGUAGUGAGAAUUGGGAAAUGAGCUGAAUUCUAACUUUGAAUAGGAUGUAUCAUGUGAGAUGUGACUAGCUGUCACAGCCCCUGUAGAGAAUGCUAGAUGGUAUACUACCCUGAGCUCCACACAAGUCCAAUUUUGUCAAGGAAA